GCCAAACUUUAUGCAUUGCUUCAAUGCAGCAUUUGCUAGAUAUGCAAUUGUGUUGAUUUGUGAACAAAAGCAGUCAAUCGUUAAAUGUUGUGGCAAUUCUUUUGUUGAUAUUGGUUGGACGUUUGGCGAUAAGUUUGCACAGACGACUUGAAAAAGAGCGAGAAAAACGCGAGCCAGCUGGUUCGUCGAGUUCGUGACUUGCUUGGAUUACAACAUGCAGCUAUGUUCAAACCACGAGGAUCGGAUUUGCAGAAGUCAUCUUCCAAAUUAUCCGACACGAAGAAGGACCUGAAGACGCGUAUGAAACAUCUUCGGAUCAUCCUCGAUCACGGCAAUGCCAAGGAAAGCAAGCGCACGUUAGGAGAAGACACGGAAGAAGUUUUCGGCCUUUUCGUCGAAUAUUUCCACGCCUUGGAUUUGGCAUUAAAGCAGAGAGGACAAAAAAUAAGUAAAGAAGAUGUGGAGACUGUUUUGUACGCAUUAGAGAAAAUACUGCUUUUGCUGCCCGAAUUUAUCCGAACGGACCCUUCUCAAGCUAAUGUGAUAACUACCGUACUGAAGCGAUGCCUCCAUCCCAGCAGCGCCUUACGGUUACGGCGGGAAGCCAUGAGGCCAUUCCUGUUGUACUACCAAAUCCUUCGGGAAUCCUGUCCCGAAGAAUUGCACCAUCUCUUUAUGGUUCUCGUUCCCGGCAUGCAUGGACAUGUACCUGGGAUGGAACGAGUCCAGAACGAGGAGAACGACAUAUUUGAGAACGCGCCUCCCCUUCUGCUCCCGCCUGCUGGCGAAAAGCCUCCGGACAACUUGACACGUUUAAUGUAUGAAACGCUUCUGGAUUUACUUGUCUCACAGGUGUAUCGAAUAUCUUGGGAUGAUAUCGACCAGUAUCAAGCCUCUUUUACGUUUCUGUUCGAUAAGUUCAAAGCGGGAUAUUUAUCUCGCAUUUUUCCUGAAUCGCGAGCUUGCAUAACUCCAGUUAAAGGAUUUUAUCCGGCAUCAAUAGAGUGUUCCACGUCGAUAAAUGUGGAUUCUGUUACAUUGUCCCUGCAAAUUGCCACUAUGAAAUGGCUCAUGACAUUUCUCCAAACUCCGGAUAGUUUGAAAACCGAUAACGCCAGUGAGUCAAAGAAAAGGACACGAGAUAACAGCGUGGGUUCUGAUAGCGUCGACUCGGGUUUAGUGGUGACAAAAACUCGUGAGUCCAGUGGAUCCUUUUCGGCAGCAUUUCAGAAUUUAUUACACUUUGAAGUCAACGUGCCGGGCACAUCUGAAGGACGCUCGAAACCGGUGUAUACUUCCAAUGUUUAUUUGAUGGUUCGGCAGACCCUUCUCGCUAGUCCAUCCAAUAUUCAGCUUGUCCAUGAAUUAUUUGAAACUGCACUGAAAUUCCCUCUUACGGAACACGGGGUCAUCAAAAGAGUGGUAGCAGUAUACGAAAGCUGGAUAAUGGCUGUUGAAUCGACAAAAAAUUCCCACAUUACAGAUGCCGUAGAUUCCGUUAACCACCAACAGGGAUACACUCAGUUUGCUGCUGAUCAGUCUACUCUGAAACUGUUUUGUGCCAGUUCGGUGCAUCCAUUCAAAAUAAAUCUUUUAGCGAGUGACUAUAACCCCAUAGAAAGAUCCAGGCUGCUGGAGGAACAGGAAAAGAUCUGCGAACGUAUUAUUUUUUUGUACCGAUGUGCCAUUUUGAGAUUGCCCAUGUCCUUAUCGACUUGGGAAUGUGUUCUGAAUACACUGAUUAAAGUUACCCAGAUCUGCAUGCCGGUUGAUCCACCAAAAGAUCGUUUGUCUACAUUGUGUGGGAGACUGUCGGUUAGUUUGUUUCAGACCCUGCUUGUGGCUUGGGUCAAAGGUACCCUUAGUGCAUAUAUUGCCUCUCGUUUGUGGGAUGAUCUAACUGAAGUCUUGUCUACUCUCACGGCCUGGGAGGAGCUCAUUGUGCGAUGGGAGAAAACGUUGGUUCUCAUCACAAAGCUGUUUGCGGAGCAAGUUUUCAAUGUUAAAUAUGACAGUGUCAACGACCAUAGUAAUCAGAGUGGGCACUCGUUUUCCUCGAGCAACCAACAGAGUGAUGAUGGAACGCUAGUAGCUGAACCACCUCGGUGCCGCUCGAACGCUUCUUCCAGUGACACCGAAGGAAUUUCUUUGCAUUUUAAUGGACGAAACGACCACGAGUCGGGGAGUAUGAAAUCGGGAAGUAUGGAGCCUGAUGAGUAUGGUUCUAGCCCCAAAGAUAAAGAGGGAACUUUAAAGCACGUAGAAGAGGCCUUAUCCAGACGACUGCGCCACAUCUCUGGGAGCGAAGAUAAUGAUGGUACGGCGAGCAAUUCGGACAACUUCCUUGAUCCAUCGCGGUCGGAUUCUACUCCAGAUUCUUUACGCGAAAGCUUGAAUUCCCCUUUAUUUUAUCCAUUAGAAUUUGAUCGUAAACGAGCGGCCUCGUCGUGCUCGUGGGUAAGCGUGAUGGCAGGAGGCCAGCUGCAAGGUUGGUCUCCAGAUUCAGCCUGUGCUUUGUGGUUUCGUGUUUUUGGUGUAAUCGGGCCAGUGAACAAAAUUCCGAAUCCUGCAUCUCAUAAGUUCGCUUUGGAAUCGGUGAACAGAAUUGUGGAUAUGUUGUUGACUAUUUAUGAUAAAAAGGGAAUCUCAUCUGACAGCUUGCAUGGAGAAUUGUCCACAUCUGAUCGGUUUGUUCCGGUAGCGAUUGUGGCACCUUUACUUUUUGAAGCUCUGACGUUGCCGGAAACCUUUAUUGCUAGUCAAGCUUUGGCUCUGCAAAGCAUUUGUAACAUGACAUUCCAUGUGGAUCCCAUUCCGAAAAAAUUUUGUAUGCAUCUGAUCAGGACUUUCCACUCGAAACUGCUAUCUGGAAAUCAGGUUUUCCUGGAUGUGAUUUUUCUGAACGCUGGAAUGAGACUGUUCUGCUCCAAAGUUCCGAAUGCUUUUCUGCUUGUGGAAGAUUUUACGGUCGCCGCUACAUCCUUAGUAGAAAGCAAAAAUCACGAACUGCAGUUGAUGAGCAUUCGAAUGUUGGGAUCCUUGCUGUUUUACCUAAAGCGUCUUCCUGCCAGUUUCAGGGUGCUCUCUCCCAUUUCUGAUACUUUUAAGCUAAAGCCAUGCCAUAAUUCGGAAGUUCAGGCAAAAAUUUUCGCUGUGAUAUUACGUUACACUAAUAUUACCUGUCCCUCCGACGUACGAAUUCCGGCUUUCCAUUGCGUCGGCAAUGUAUUGUAUUCCCUCUUAAAUGGAACCAUUGACAAGCCCAACAUCGUCGAGAUAUUUCUUGGAGAGAUCUUGACCGCCACGGAAAAUUUUUCUGGAGACAGAGUCGCUGAAAUUGUUAACAUUCUGAUUAUGAUUACCAAUCAUGCUCCCGCGCUGUUCCACUCUCUUCCACAGGCCGUUUACAAAAUUAUCCAGGGUAUUUGCGCGCUGUUGCGAAAAAUAGCAGCUGAAAUUUUAGGAGGUGCUCCGGUGUCUAAGGACAUUGAAGAGGUUUUCAUUAAACUGGUUCUUUGCCUCUGCGAAUGGAUGAUAUCGGUGCCGAAUAUUCUUUCGGACAGACCGUCUUUAGUAGAAGGCCCGGUCGACAUGCGUACGCUGAUUGAGCAGACUCUGCAGACAAUCACAAAUAUGCCAGAAUUGAUGUCCAUGGAACAAGAAGAUCCAGUUGUUGGUAGUAAUAUGGAGAUCAAGGGCAAAGGAAAACGAGGUUUCUCUGAGCUUCUGGCUGACCGGCGGUUUUCUGCUGACGUUGGUGCCGUUUUGGCGUCGCGCAAUCAUGCCGAUGAUGAGCCCCCGAUGACUCGACGAGCUACGUCGAUCUUCAGUCGGCCGGUAUCGGAUGUUGCCAAAGACAAGAGAUUACAGCCACAACGUGCUGAAAUCGUACCUCCCCAUAUGGCGUCCAGUAGGCUGCAUGUGCUCAAACUGGCUGGUGCAUACGCUGCGCGGCAUAUGGCUAAUAGAUUCUUCUCGAUCUCCGAUGAAGAUUCUUGGGCGCUUAUGUCCAGCGUUGUUUCCGAAGACGAUGAUCUUCCACCUAGCUCGAUCUUGACGGAUAAUUUGCAGGUGUUUUCCAUGUACGAUAUGAUUAUCUCCCUACGCCUCAUGACUCGGAACAGUCUUUCGAACGACGCCAAAGAUUUUCAGUCUUUCCCGCUUGUUCGCAUCAUAGUUCGUGACAUAGCGGGAAAGUAUUGUUAUGAUACCACAAGUUUAUUUGGAGAAGAAAAUCUGAUUGACAGUUUGUACGAAAAACGCACGUUUGCCAUAACGAAUGAUAAGGAAGAAAACCAAUCCGUGAACUCAGCCAAAGUUCUCCAACCUUCCAGUACCACAGAUACAUCGGAGCCGACGAUUCGUACUUUCGCUGAUCUUGUCAAAAAUCAUUCGGCGGACGUUGUACUGGAUAUUAUGAAAUAUGUUGAGUUGACGACACCGGGUCUGGGUCUGUCGAUUGAACAUCCUUGGAAUGAGCCUGGUCUGCCUCCUUCUGGAAUUUCAGCCAAAGAAGAAUUUAAAGCCGGCCAGAUUAUGGCAUCCCAAAGUGAAUCUAUGAAAGAAUAUGUGGAACAGAAAAAACAGACUGGACAACUGUUUGCGCCGGCCGCCGAACCCCCGCCACAUUCUCCGCCACAGAGUGCAUUUAGUUAUUGUUCCAGAAUAUUGUCGCAGUUUGGUUAUGCCGGAAUGGCUAAACGUCAACAUUUCCAUUUAAUGAAGCGCACAGAUGGGAUGUUUCGAGACUUGAAGUUGCUGGACCGACGUCCUAAUCGCGACUUCCAAAAAAUCGCUGUAAUAUACGUUGCUCGAGGUCAGGAAGAUAAAAUGUCCAUCAUGACCAACAAUUACGGAAGCGAAGCUUAUGAACGAUUUAUCAAUCGCUUAGGCUGGAAUGUUGACCUUGCGGAUCAUAAAGGAUUUCGCGGCGGUUUGCCGCACAAUUCUUGGCAGUUUAACAGUGCUGUAUAUUUUGCAUCGGCCACCAUGGAAGUGAUUUUUCAUGUUGCUACCAGGGUUGGCGCUCUGACCACGGAAGAUCAUACAUCAAAGAUGAAACACAUUGGUAAUGAUGAGGUGCAGAUUGUCUGGUCCGAUCAUUAUCGUGAUUACGACAGAAAAAUUCUGCCAACUCAAUUUGGAGAUGUUAUAAUUUGCAUUUAUCCAACCGAGCCCGUCGGACUUUAUCGAAUUCAGAUCAUCCGACGUGAAAACAUACCUCCAUUUGGACCUCUGUACGAUGGCGCCAUUGUUGACGAAGAGAAUCUGGCCGGGCUGGUGCGCAACACAGCACUAAAUGCAGGCCAAGCGUGCCGUAAAUCCAUCAAAGGCUUCCAGUAUUUCUUUGAAGAGCGUGCCGAAUACCUGAAAUCUCUCAUUCAAAACUAUACUGAAGAAGGCACAUAUGAGCAUUUUCUCAGCAGCAUAAUAUCACCGCAGCCGCCUAAGCUGAAUAUUCCCUCCGCACCUUUGCGUGAUGUGCCUGUGAUGCUGCGUCCGUCGUGGCGGGAAUCGACGCGCCGCUACAAUGACAAAGUCCGUAAUAGUCUGCAGACGAAAUCUGGGGGAGAUCCUGAUCUACCAACGGUAUCGUUGCGGUAUUCGCUGCCUCCUCGAUCUGGCUCGACUUCGUCUGGAACCGAUGUGUAGAUGGUUACAUGAUGAUUUUUUUGGUAUGAUAUUUGGCCUUUUCUCAGAUUGUUAAUGUUAGGUUGAUGUUUGCUGUUUGUUAAAUCAAAUAUAUUCGUGCUGGUGAACGCCAGCUGACGACAGCAGGGAAGCGUGUCCGUCCUGUAUAUGGUUCUUUCAUAAAGCAUUGGGAUGGAGAGUGUCCGCGCUUUGUUUUGAUAACCUUCGUUUCCCUGUGGGAACAUACUUUGAAUAUUUUAUGCUUGUCGGUUCUUUGUUAUCGUUCCGGUGGUUGCUUAAAAAGAUGCUUUAA